AUGUCGUAUGCUCAGCCUGGAGGGAAGAGGCAGAAAGUUCGUGAAGUAAGGGCGUCUGAAAACGUUGAUUAUUUUCAAGGCAUAGAGAAGGUAGAGUACAACAACAUGGCGACCUCUACAGACACGAACAGCUACCGUUACUACAACUCCAACGAGAGGGUACACUCCAGGAGUAUGGAGGAUUGGCUCAAAUACAGCGUUUCUUUUACGGAAUUUAGAUGCAAUGGUUCAGACAUCCAAGGUAGACCGAUUUUCAGCCGAUCCUGGGACGACAAUACCAACACAAUAGACAAUCACAAACGUUGCUUAAAAGCGUUCUACGAUUUCUGUACGAAACUCGGUAUCAAAUACUGGACAGCUUUCGAUUCGGAUUUGGUUCCACAGACAGAUAACUGGGAUGAGAAUAAAUCGAACUGGGAUGAAAUUGUUGAAUACAUUAUGGAAUUAUCUCAGAGAUGUCCAAUGAAAUUAUUGUGGUUGACGCCCGACUUGCAUUCACACCCGAGAUAUAUCUCAGGUGCUUGUACAAGUAACGAGGCAUCAACAUUCGUACAAGCCGCGACACAGAUAAAGAAAUGUUUAGAAAUGUCACAACGACUCAACGCCGAAUGUUUCCUUCUAUUGCCUUACAGAGAAGGCUACAAUGCUAUCUUCCAAACCGACGUUGCUAGAGAAAUAAAACUUUUCUCGAAACUUCUGAAAAUAACAGCCGAAUACAAAGACAGAUUAAACUACAAAUGUCAAUUGCUCAUUAUGCCAUAUUACAGUAAUUCUGGGAGAAAUUACGGUAGUUAUGGCAAUCUGAUGUGGCAGCCCAACGGAAAUUUGAACGGGGAUGUACUGUACCGUUAUAUGUGGGAUAUAACGAGUUGUUUGUACUUUUUAAAGUUUAACAAUUUGGAUCGUUAUUAUAAAGUCUGUACUCCGCCUGGACAUCAUAUGUAUAUGGCUGGAGUCUACAACAUGUUCGGUGGCGUCGUGAUAACGAAUCAGUUUGACCAGUGUGACAACAAAACCAUAACACUGAUGAUGAAGUGCAUCAUCGAUCAGGGUACAGCUCCCCCCGGUGGUAUAAACCUGAGACUAGUUCCGAAGCGCGACUGCGACCUACGUGACUUGAUGACGUCACAGGUGACGUAUAUCGACGCCAUCGCCAGGGGACUAAGGGUCGCCUGCAAUAUCAUCUCUGAACAAGUUUUCAUUAAGCAUAUUCAGCAACGCUAUGCGUCCUAUAACAGCGGCUUCGGUUCUCGUCUGUUGAGCAGCGACGUCUCUAUUGAGGAGUGCGAGGAGUUUUACAAAAAAAAUCAAGCGCAGGUCAGCGAAAUAAUGUGUACGAAAUCCGAACAUUACAACAUGGUGUUUCAACGAUAUCUAGAUACCUGUGACCAUGUUUGAUACACACAAAUGUAUCUGUUGGUGAAAAAUUAAUUAAUUUCUCUAUAUAGGUAUUUGUAACAAAAAAUGACUGUAAACUUUCAUGAUCAUAGACAAUUAUAUUCUAGGAUGAAAGUGAAACUGAUUCUAAUAAAAUUUCAGAUAG